AGAUCAGCGUUGCAAGCGGAUGCUUACGCUAAAACAUACGUCACAUCCGGAAUGAGGCGCGCGAGUUUUGUGUUUAGCUGAAGAAACUACGUAACAGCUAGCAAGCAGUCUGCUGAUAGUUUUCUGUUGGUUUUCUUUGAUUUUAUGGAGCUGUUGUGAACGUCUGGUUUAGAUUUUUACUGUAACACAGCAGCAGUUCGUCAUGGUGGGCUGUACAACAAACUUUAAUCGUUAUUUGGCUUCCGUGGAAUGGAUUCAUCCAUAAAAAACAUGUUUGACGCAUUUAAAGAUGACAUUUGGAAAGAGCUGGGACCAGUGGAUCCAAACUGGUUUGAGGUACUGACAGCCCAAGCUUCUCUUGGUGAAGGACACGUUGAUGAUAACGAUGACCUGUGUGCUAACCAAGAGGGACUUUUCAAAGCCCCUCUGGAGAAGACAGCAGUCGAAAGCCAACUGUUUUCAACCCCUAAAGUUUUUCGACGCAGUCAAAUGGUCUCACCUGAGACUGAAGAUGAGCCAUCGUUCACAGCCGCCCAGGGAAAAGAAACGCCACCAUGGGUGACAACUCAGAGUCCCUGUCUGUUUGAGCCAACAAAACAGCGUGUCCUGGAUGUAAAAUGUGAAGGUGUCCAACCUCAGGGUGAGGAGAGUUUUGAUCUUCUUGAUACCCCAAAGAAAUCCCCAGACAGCUAUGUCAAGCAUAUUUCUGAAAGUCUCGGUGCACAGAUCAAUCCAGAUAUCUCUUGGACCAGUUCUUUCAAUACCCCACCAGCAAUGCCAUCUACCCUGAUUUUAUCUAAAACUGAAGAGAGUCCAUGUCCAGCGAGUGUCACUGCAGAUAGGAAUGUUGUUUUGGUCCGGAAGCUUUUCCCUUCACUUUCCAAUUCCUCACUUAAAACCCCGAAAAAGAGUGUAGGGUCUUCUAAUUCUGAAGGUGUUGUUUUUCCCGUGGCUCAACACCUCCCUGACUCUCCAUUGGACCAGAGUGGAAGUCAUUGGCAACAGAAAGAUCCAGAUACUGUUAAAGGAGAAGUUUCUGGUGCAGUUGGGUUAAAAAAUGCUUCUUCUGACUUCCAUUUCUUUGCAAACAGUAGCUCAGCUCUGAGAAAGGUGAAACCUGACAGAGUUAAAUGUAAGCAAAUAACUCUGACCAAUGAAGACGCUUGCAGCCACCAGGCUGUAUCAGAAGCCGACAAUGGUGCAUCUAGUGAAGAGGCUACCACUGAUUUGGAAUCUGGAGGAUUACCUGCAACCCCAUUAGUUAAAACUGGAGAUAGCCAAUGGUCUCCUAUAAAUUUAUCUGAAAUCUCAUCUUGUGCUGUGAGUAGCAGUAUGACACAGCCAGGUGACAUUGAUUCUGUCCAACACUCAAGACCAUCAUUGAAAGUCACAGACACUGGAUUUAUUCGAAAAAGGAGACAGUUUGUUUACACUGUUGCAACAAAAACAUCGCAAAUUAAGUGCCACGACUCACAGUCCCAGAAGAUGGAUUCCUCCACAAAGAUUUCAGAAUAUGCACAAAAAGCAACUCUUAAGACAUUGAAGAACACCACAGGCAAAGUUGAGUGUCAGAAGAUUCAACAAUGUCUAGGAGAACCCGCAACUUACUCUGCAGUCCCAAAACUCCAGGAUGUUGAUAUGUCUCAACUUUGCAGAGAAUUUGCAAAGGAGUUCAGCCAAAUGACUGACCUACAUAUUGCAGAGGAUGCUCAGAGUAACUUCUCUCCUGCAGCAUGUCUGACUGCCUUGAAGCAAGCUAAACAGAAAGUAAAUCAAGCAAACCCUCCCAAUGACAUCAGUGCCAACAAGCAAGUCCCCACUGUUUACCAACCUUGUUCAGUCAGUGAAGGCACCAUGAUUGACAGCAGAGUCCAGUCUGCUGUGAAAGACGUCACUCAUAUGACCACCUUGUCAUUUGGUCCUCCUCGUUCUGAGAACUUUAACCAAAGUCGACCGUCUCUGAGCUUUAAAACGGAUAUGCAUCAUUUGCCAUCAUCAAAUGAAAGUGGAAAUCCAACGAUUAAUGCUGAAGUGUCUCUGCACAUAUCUACCAAAGAUAAAAAUCUGGAUACUGGAAAAGGAAUCGAUUUGCACACAGAGAGCACAUCAGCAGGGCAUUCAAGGAGUAGAGAAGAAACUGUUGAUGAAAGUAACUGCAGCCAGCUGGAAAAAGCUUCUAUUGUUCCAUUUGCCAAUGCAUCAGGAUUCAAAACUGCUUCAAAUAAAGGCAUACACAUUUCCCCUGCCAACCUGGAGAGAGGAAAACGUUUUUUCGAAGAGGCUGAUGGUGAAAAGACUUCUCAUGAUCUUAGCAUCACUACCCCAUAUGCCAAAAAUAAUAAAAGGAAUUUAAUUCCUGAAACAACGAAACCCAAGCCAUCUAAUUCCAAUCUGUUACCCAAAGUAGAAAGACCAUUUGUAAAUAUCAAUUCCCAUUUAACGGCAUCAGAAAAAGCGGAUGUGACAGAACUUUGCUGUCUCUUAGAGGAGGCGGACAGCCAGUUUGAAUUUACACAGUUCAAACCUGCAAAAAAUCUCCCGAAUCGUGAAUAUGAUUUCCACACUUCACCAAGACAGGACAAAGAUCUUGACCCUGCUUUUCUGCAAGACAUAGACUUUGAUGACAGCUUUAGUUCUGAUUGUGGAAAGCACCCAGGAGUCACUGUCAUGAAUGACAAUAUGGCCCUGGCUUUAUCAAAUGGAGAAACGGCAAAAGGCAUAAAUCUAUACACAGACUUGUCUAUGUCAAACUCACUAAGGGAAAACUCCUGUUUGUCAGAAAACAUUUCUGAGACGGGGAAAUGCCCAAAGUUAAGUGAUAUCUUUCCCAGAGCUGAGGAUACUAAAGCCAGCGAGUUGAAGAGCAACAGUACUUUGAUGCAUGGUCAGGGAUUUAAGACAGCUGGAGGAGUUAUGUUGCAGGUCUCUAAAAAGAGUCUGAGCAGGGCAAGAGCUUUGUUUGCAGAGCUGGAAAAUAACUUGACAGAGCAGAAACGGGCUGAUAAGCAGGAAUCAAAAAAUGUUGCCCAAACAGAACAGAAAUGUGACGUGGAUUCUGACAUCUGCAAGCACAAUUCUUUCAUCCUCAAAGAAAGCUGUGAUGUAAGUAACAAAAGUGAGAAUUGUUUUUCCAAUUUAGAUGAGGUCCGCUGUUCAAACAAAAAUCCAUCAAGUGUUGAAGAUAAGAAUGUCCUUGAAAGCAGUGAAACUGACGCAGCGAAGUGUGAAAUCGGGAAAGGAAUCUCAAUAUCGGCUAAGCACAUGAAGGGUGCAGAUGUGUUAUUUAAAGACUGUCAGGUAAUAGAGCAUAAAGAGGAGAAGAGCACAAAGGCUCCUCCAGAAAGUGUUGAAAGAGGGAGAAGCUUUUCAAACUUUAAAAGCCCUAAGGUCAACAUUUAUAAGGAGGGUUUUGCUGGAUGCUCUAAAUUUGAAAAUGAAAAUUCAGCAUUGAUUGCACAUACAGGUGGGCUUCAUCGGGAUGAAGUGGAAAGGAACAGCAUGUCUACACCAGCUUUGAAAAAUGAAAAUGGAAAAAAGCCAUUUUCAACUUCAAAGCCAUCUGCUAUUCUAGGCACAUCAAAGAGCAUUGAUUUGUCUGCCUCUAAAGACCUGUGCACAAGUGACGGGUUCCGUACAGCUGCUGGGAAGAACAUUAGUGUGUCUGUUGCUGCAAUGAGGAAUGCUGCAUCUCUUUUAAAUCAGAUCGACACACCUGUGGAGACAAACAAACAACCUAAUCAAAAGAAAAAGACAUCAGAAACAGAAUGUCUUAGUAAUGUGAUGUCAAAAAUAGAUAAUGGUGGUUUUGAAACUGUAGUUGAAGUGAGAAAAUUUGCAACUUUAAAGAAACCCACACUGUCAAAAGAACAUGAAAAAUCAGAGGAUAAAAUUGGUGCAAAUCAGUCCAAAAUCCCAGGAAAUGACCCGCGGAGUGGUGGCUUUUUUGCAGCCAGUGAUGAACCUGGUUUCUUGUCAUCUGAGGCUUUGGAAAAGGAAAAGGCUUUAUUUAGUGACAGUAGUUUGAAUAUGGAUGAUGUGUCAGAAACUGUUGCUGUAAGAAUUGAGAAACCAGAGACAAGACUCUGCAGUUACACAACUGCAGGGGGGACAAAGGACCAGGUGUCACAGAAAAAUCUCCCAAAACCAAAAGAUCAAUUUGAAGAACUUGAUGAUCUGGAUUUAACCAAAGCAGUGGAUGAAGAAGGUUUGUUUUCAGUUUUUGAUGAGGGAAAUGUGCGGGGGAGCAAACAGGCAGAAUUGUACAAUUGUUAUCCAGGUGACAAAAAAAAGAUAAACAUUUCUAUCAAGGCUGGAUGUUCAAGAGGUGCAGAAAAACAAGUGGAAGUAAAGGAAAACAUUUUGCCACAAGCAAGCCAUGGGCUACAGGCAGCCAGUGGAAGGAAAGCCGGUGUAUCAUCUCACUCUCUGAAGAGAGUAGAAAGCCUGUGUAGUGAGUUUGAAGAAAUUAAGAAUAAAACAAAUGCAACAACACCACAGUUCGAGGCUACUGCUCCUCCGCUCAAAAAUAGUGUAUUUCACUCUGUCAGUGGUAAACCAAUGGCACCUUCAGCUGAGGAGGUCGAAAAGCCAAAAUCCCUCUUUGGUAAUAUCACCCGCAGAGCAGAAGACCCAGAUGUUUCACAGACAAGGAAAACUGAUGACAUACAAGACGAUCAGAACAAAUCUAAGAAAAUAUGUUGUGGUUUUACUACAGCAAGGGGAAAAAAAGUCAACGUUUCCCAGAAAAAUCUUCAAAAGGCAAAAAUCCUUUUAAAAGAAGUCAGUGACUUGGGUUUAACAAAAGCAAUGCAAGAUGCAGAUAUUUUGUUCAGAGAUGAUGAAGACUGGACCCUGGACAGUAACAGUGAUGCAUCAUUAGAACAAACUAAUAAAGUUUCAACUAAGGAAAGUGGCAGCAUAACGGGAAACCUGUCCCAACUCAAACCAGAUAAAAAGCAAACUGUCGAUGUUUGUGAAGAACCUGAAUCCAGUUCAAUUAAAGCUAACCAAAAAGAAGGCUGCUCAAUGCCAGGACAGAAUGGUGAAUUUGAGACAGCAAGUGGGAAAACAGUUGUUGUUUCAUGUGGGGCUCUGUCAAGAGCAAAGUUUCUGAGUGAAAACAAUGCAACAACACCGCAGUUUAAGGCUACUGCUCCUCCGCUCAAAAAUAGUGGAUUUCAUUCUGUCAGUGGUAAACCAAUGGCACCUUCAGCUGAGGAGGUUGAAAAGCCAAAAUCCCUCUUUGGUAAUAUCACCCGCAGAGCAGAAGUCCCGGAUGUUUCACAGACAAGGAAAACUGCUGACAAACAAGACGAUCAGAACAAAUCUAAGAAAAUAUGUUGUGGUUUUACUACAGCAAGGGGAGAAAAAGUCAACGUUUCCCAGAAAAAUCUUCAAAAGGCAAAAAUCCUUUUCAAAGAAGUCAGUGACUUGGGUUUAACAAAAGCAAUGCAAGAUGCAGAUAUUUUGUUCAGAGAUGAUGAAGGCUGGACCCUGGACAGUAACAGUGACGCAUCAUUAGAACAAACUAAUAAAGUAUCAACUAAGGAAAGUGGCAGCUUAACGGGAAACCUGUCCCAACUCAAACCAGAUAGAAAGCAAACUGCAGAUUUUUGUGAAGAACCUGAGUCUGGUUUAAAUAAAGCUAACCAAAAGGAAGGCUGCUCAUUGCCAGGACAAAAUGGUGGAUUUCAGACAGCCAGUGGGAAAACAGUUAUUGUUUCAUGUGAGGCUCUGUCAAGAGCAAAGCUUCUGAGUGAAAACAAUUCAACAACACUGCAGUUCGAGGCUACUGCUCCUCCGCUCAAAAAUGGUGGAUUUCAUUCUGUCCGUGGUAAACCAAUGACACCUUCAGCUGAGGAGGUUGAAAAGCCAAAAUCCCUCUUUAAUAUCACCCGCAGAGCAGAAGUCCCAGAUGUUUUACAGACAAGGAAAACUGAUGACAAACAAGAUGAUCAGAACAAAUCUAAGAAAACAUUUUGUGGUUUUACUACAGCAAGGGGAGAAAAAGUCAAUGUUUCCCAGAAAAAUCUUCAAAAGGCAAAAAUCCUUUUCAAAGAAGUCAGUGACUUGGGUUUAACAAAAGCAAUGCAAGAUGCAGAUAUUUCGUUCAGAGAUGAUGAAGGCUGGAUCCUGGACGGUAACAGUGACGCAUCAUCAGAACAAACUAAUAAAGUAUCAACUAAGGAAAGUGGCAGCAUAACGGGAAACCUGUCCCAACUCAAACCAGAUAGAAAGCAAGCUGCUGGUAUUUGUGAAGAACCUGAAUCCAGUUCAAUUAAAGCUAACCAAAAAGAAGGCUGCUCAAUGCCAGGAAAAAAUGGUGGAUUUCAGCCAGCCAGUGGGAACACAGUUGCUAUUUCAUGUGAGGCUCUGUUAAGACCAAAGCUGCUGAGUGAAAACAAAGUGGAUGAUGAUGGGAUUUGUGCUCCGUCCCAACUUUCUGAGACCCCCGUUUCAGGUCCAGGUCUGAUGAAUGGUGGAUUUUUUUCAGCAAGUGGUAAACCUGUGGCAAUUUCAUCUGAGGCUUUACAGAAAGCAAAGGCUCUUUGUAGCGACAUUAGUGUCACAACAGCUCUACCAUAUCCAACUGCUCAAAGUAAAAAGGAAAAAAUGAAGUGUGGUCUCACAAAUGUAGGGGUAACAAAUGUUAUAAAUUCAGAGUUAUCACAUGUAAAAUAUACUGAAGGAACUUUAAACCCCAUUUCUCCCCCAAGAAGUGGUAAUAGGAAGAACCACUCAGCGGUUCAAUCUUUUCCUUUAGCAGCAGACAUUGGAAGUGACCAUGAAGAAAAGCCAUGCAUGAUAGUCUGUGAUUUAGACAUUAAAAACAGCAUCAAGAGAUCUGAAGUUCUAACAACAGGCCCAGAAUUUCAGUCAUUGAACCUCGCUGGCUGUACAGAAACCCAACAAAUGAUUUUUGCUCAGGAAGCUUUUGAUUGUACAAAAGCCUUACUAGAUGAUGAAGUUCGGAUUGGCCAGAGCUUGUUGAUGGGUUCAGAACAUUUCCAAAUACCAGAAGACUGCAAAUCAAAUGGCAAAUCUACCGAAGAAGCCAAAAGGAAGAAAACUAGAAGUGCUGAAGAUCUAACUGCUCAGCCCCCUUCCAAACGAAGAUUACUAGAGGAAUUCAGUGAAACCACCGAUGGUCCAAGAGGUUCAGGGCUUCACCCCAUAAAAAGCUCUCCAAAUGGUUUAAUGGACAGGGGAGUGUUCAAGUACAAUACCUCUCUUCAUCCACACAUCACAAAGCCUCACAGGGAUGCAAAAAGUUUUGUGCAAAGCAGAUACCAAAGGACAACAGAUACAAACCCAGGAGAUCAUACAUCCGCAUCCUCCAAGAUGCAAGCCUUUGUUCCUCCAUUUAUCAAAAGCGCAAAGAGAGCUGUAUCCAAUAAUCCAGAAGUCGGAGACCGCAAAAGAGUACCUGUGUUUGUUCCCCCCUUCAAAAAACAACGAAUUGUCCUACAAGUGAGCUCGCCUAAACAACAGGGGAGUGACACCAACAACGACGUAACACUUACCAAGAAAACCCCAAGCUCUACAGAUAUUGUCCCUUUAAUGAAGUCUUCAAACACUAAUGUGAUGAUUCCAAGUGUUCCUGAAAACGAGGAGCCAGUUGGCGCUGCUGAAACAUCACAUGUGGACAACAAGCUUUCCAGAAGCCAAGACAGGACAGAGAAUAUUAUGUUGGCCCGGGAUAUGCAGGACAUGAGGAUUAGGAAAAAGAAGCGGCAGACCAUUCGACCGCUCCCUGGGAGCUUAUUUUUGACAAAAACCUCAGGAGUUUUGAGAAUCCCUUUAAAAUUGGCAGUAAAUGGAAAUAAACCAACCAGAUGCUCUGCAAAAGAGUUGUAUGAGUGCGGAGUCCACAAGCAUGUUCCUGAGAUCACCGGAGCAAACGCCGAAUCGUUUCGGUUCAACUUGCUGCAGUUCAUCAAACAGGAAAUGAUAACAGAUGGGGGCGGUGUUCAACUCGCUGACGGAGGCUGGUUGAUCCCCAGCAACGACUGGACGGCGGGAAAAGAAGAAUUCUAUAGAGCAUUAUGUGAUACGCCCGGUGUGGAUCCCAAACUGAUCACCGAGCAGUGGGUUUACAAUCACUACCGGUGGAUUGUGUGGAAGCAGGCCUCCAUGGAGAAAUCCUUUCCAGAAAAAAUGGGCAGUCUUUGCCUCACUCCAGAGCAGAUUCUCCUGCAGCUGAAGUACAGAUAUGAUGUAGAGGUGGACCACAGCCGCAGGCCAGCUCUGAAGAAGAUCAUGGAAAGGGACGACACACCAGCCAAAACUCUUAUUCUGUGUGUCUGUGAGAUCGUCUCCAGAGGUCACCUGCUAAACGCACAGAGCCGCAGCGACACAAAGACAACACAAAGUGCUGAAAACAAUCCAUCAGCCAUCAUCUGGUUGACAGAUGGUUGGUAUGCCAUCAAAGCACAGCUGGAUGAACCUCUGACUGCAAUGCUUCACAAAGGUCGGCUUGCUGUCGGCGGCAAAUUGAUGAUCCACGGAGCCCAACUGGUUGGAUCACAAGAUGCCUGCUCUCCUUUAGAGGCACCAGACUCUCUAAUGUUGAAGAUAUGCGCCAACAGUACGAGGCGAGCGCGGUGGGACGCUAAGCUGGGAUUUCACAAAGAUCCUCGACCGUUUCUGCUCCCCAUCUCCUGCCUAUUCAGUAAUGGUGGACUAGUAGGAUGUGUUGAUGUUCUUAUACUGAGAAGUUACCCAAUGCAGUGGAUGGAGAGGAAAUCAGAUGGUGGUGUUGUGUUUCGGUCGGAUCGGGCAGAAGAGAAGGAGGCAAGAAGAUUCAGCCACCAUAAACAAAAAGUGAUGGAGAUGCUGUUUGCCAAGAUUCAAGCUGAAUUUGAAAAAGAGGAGGAAGGGAGAGCGAAACCACAGCGCAGAAGGCAGACAAUCAGCAAGCAGGAUGUUGCAAACUUGCAAGAAGGGGUAGAAUUAUAUGAAGCAGUUGGAGACGACCCUGCAUACCUGGAGGCUCAUUUAAGUAAAAAACAAAUGGAGACUCUUCAGGCCUACAGGAGUUCUCUGAUGGAGAAGAAGCAGGCCGAGCUGCAGGACAGAUAUCGCCGAGCUCUGGAUGCAGAAGACAAUGAAAUGAGCUGUCCAAAAAGAGAUGUGGCACCUGUAUGGAGACUUUGCAUCGCUGACUCAAAGGACCAGUCCAGUUGUGUUUAUAAGUUAAACCUUUGGCGGCCUUCCUCUGAUCUUCAGUCUCUACUGAAGGAAGGUUGCCGAUUCAAAGUCUAUAACCUUGCCGUCUCGGAUGGAAAGAACCGCAGCACCAUUGAAACCGUUCAGCUGACCGGAACAAAGAAAACACAGUUCCAGGAAAUGCCGGCGUCCCCAGAAUGGCUGUCAUCACGUUUCCAGCCCAGAGUCGCCACAGACUUUGCAGAUCUUCAAAAUGAAGAAUUCAAGCCCCUGUGUGGAGAAGUUGAUCUUGUAGGAUAUGUGAUCAGUGUUAUAGAUCAACAGGGUCCCUCUCCUGCGUUUUAUUUGGUUGACGGGAAGCAGAAUUUUGUGAAAGUGCGCUGUUUUACCAGCUUGGCUCAAGCUGGCCUUGAAGAUGUGGUAAAACCAGGUGUCCUGUUGGCACUGAGCAACCUGCAGCUCAGAGGGCAGUCUAUGUACCCUACCCCUGUGGUGUAUGCUGGGGAUCUGACUGCUUUCUCCACAAACCCCAAGGAGAUUCAUCUACAGGAAUCCCUCCAGCAACUCAAAAGCCUGGUCCAGUGUCAGGACAACUUCUGUCCAUCUGCUGAGGAAAAGCUUGCCCAGUUAGUCAAGUCUGAUGGCAUGCAGUCGGUCUGCUCUCCAUCUUUGCAACCACAACCUGCAGGCUCUGCAACAGACAGAAGACAAAGCUUAAGCUCAAACGUGACCUUUCAGAAACCAGGUAAAAGCCUUGGAUCCUUCACACCUGUCAGCAGUAAACUCCCUGCACCAACAUCUUCAACAGAAAAAGACCCUAAAAGCCUGAAAAGAAAAAGGGCUUUGGAUUAUCUUUCUCGCAUCCCUUCUCCACCUCCUAUUUCCCCCCUUGGCUCAGUAGUUUCACCUUGUGUGAAAAGAACAUUCAAUCCACCUCGGAGGUCUGGGCCACCAAGCACUUUAAAACCCGCACAGACUGUUGAACCGAAGCGGGCUGAUUCUCUAGUGGAGGAUGAGUGGGUGAACGAUGAGGAACUGGCUAUGAUUGAUACGCAGGAAUUGCAUGUUGGAAAUUUAUUGUAGAUUUUACAUGCAAGUUAACAACAGUACAUCUUUUAAAACACUGUACGAAAGUAAUGUGAAAAUUGAAAGCUGCUAAAAAAAAAACAUGUAACAAAUUGUAUUUAACAUGUUCUUGAUCAUAUUAAACUAUGGAUAUGGCUUUUCACAAUAAAAUCAACCAAUCACCUCUGUCCUUGUUUCUGUGUCUUAGGAGAUAAAAAUUGGGUAAAUUGAUCAGGGUUUUAGAAAGAUCUAAGUGGACCAGGCUGCUUCCUAUUGGGUGUUUGAUACCUACAUUGAUUUACGUCUGAAUUUUUUCAGGGUUAGUAUGAACAGAAUGACAUUCAGGAAUGUUGAACAACACCCAACAGGGUGAGCUGUUGAAGCACAUUUGUACUUUUUGUCCACUCUGCUUCUGAUACUACAUUCCUUUUCUGUCUGUUGUAGGAUUGUGAAGUAAAUAAAAGUGGAACACAUUGCUUUUCAGUUAAUGUUUUUUUUUAUUUAAACAUGCUGAGCUUCUCAAAAGUACUGCCAUGGUAAAUUCCAUGUUUUUCCAAGAACUGCCUUGUUACUGUUUUUUUUCAAAACCUGCUCUUAUACAAGAUCUGGACAUUAUCUGUCAUAAAAAA